CUAAUUGGAGUUUGUUUGAAUUCACAGAUUGAGAGAGAGAGAGAGAGAGAGAGAGAGAGAGUGUUUGUAAUAACCUCCAUUGAAGAGAAGGCAGAGAGAAGAGAAAAGAAGAGAAGAUGGGGUUAGGUAUACCUGCUUUUCCCUUGACGAUCGUGACUCACGUUCUGGGCGUGGUUGCCACCGUUCUCGUAUUGGUUUGGCUCGUCAAUUUCAGGGGAGGCUUGGCUUGGGAAGAUGAAAACAAGCAACUCAUCUUCAAUAUUCAUCCAUUUCUUAUUGUUUUUGGCCUCAUAGUUCAUGGAGGUGAAGCUAUUAUAAGUUACAAAGCUCUUCCUCUGAAGAAGGAAGUGAAGAAAGUGGUACACCUUGGUCUUCACGGAGCCGCUUUAUCACUUGGAAUAAUUGGAAUUUAUACUGCCUUCAAGUAUCACAAUGAAAGUGGGAUUGCCAACCUAUACAGUUUGCAUUCAUGGCUUGGAAUUGGGGUUAUUGUCCUCUAUGGCAUUCAGUGGAUAUAUGGGUUUGUGAUCUUUUUCUACCCUGGUGGGACUCCAGAUAUUAGACGUUUCUCUCUUCCUUGGCAUGCACUGUUUGGGCUCUUUGUGUUUGUCUUGGCUGUGGGAACAGCUACUCUUGGAUUUCUGGAGAAGCUCACUUUCUUGGAGAGCACAGGAUUGGAUAAGUAUGGUUCUGAGGCUUUGCUUGUGAACUUCACUGCUAUCAUCACAAUCUUAUUUGGUGUCUUUGUUGUGCUAUCUGCUUUAGCUGAUGCUCCUGCAGCAGCAGAUGACUAUGAAGCAAUAUAAACUUUUGUCUGUAUCAUAUUUUUAUUCUUAUGAAAUAAUCUCAUGUCUGCUAUUAGUUUGUGUGUAUUGGGUGUAGGAAGAAGGAACCAAUUUGUUGUUUGUAUUUUUGGGCAUAAUAAAGUCUGUGAUUUGAUCAUCAGUAUCAACACAUCAACCCAAAAGUGUGUGAUCAGUCACUGGUUUACGUAAGGUUUAUUAGUUGUCAACUUAAACUUGGUCAAAUUGCGGCCAAAUGUUGAAAAAUCAGUCUGUAAUUUUAGUGCAUGUUUCUUUUUCUGUCAAGUUUGAUCUGAAUGUGAAUUCAGCUCUUUACUUUGAUACAAGUUUUGUGGAUUGAAAAAUAAUAGAAAUCUAUGUUCAGUGGAGUU